UUCAAAAUGGGAAAUAAUAUGUGUAAAGCUGAGGCUGAAGCCGAUGCCCACAAGAUCUCCAAACAAACCUUUACCCUGGAUAAAGUCAUUGGUAGAGGAGGUUUCGGAAAAGUCUGGCAUGUUCAGAAUAAAUAAGACUGGAAAGUAUUAUGCAAUGAAAGAGAUGUCCAAGAACAGAAUUAUCACUAAAAGAUCAGUAAACUCAGUCAUGAACGAGCAAAAGCUCCUUUUGACUCUAAGACACCCUUUCCUGGUAAAUAUGAGGUAUGCAUUUCAGAACUCUGAGACAUUAUACCUAGUCAUGGACUUGAUGAAAGGAGGGGACCUCAGGUACCAUAUAGGCAGCAAAAGGAGAUUCACUGAAGAAGAAGUCAAGUUCAUCGUUGCUUGCAUUAUAGUGGCACUUGAAUACCUUCACACAAACUCAAUAAUCCACAGAGAUAUCAAACCUGAAAAUCUUGUACUGGAUGAGCAAGGCUAUGUUCGAGUUACAGACCUCGGUAUCGCUAGAAUUUGGAACCCCGAAAACUCAUCAGAAACUUCUGGGACUCCAGGAUACAUGGCCCCAGAAGUCAUGUGAAGACAAAACCAUAAUAUUUCUGUUGAUUACUUUGCAGUAGGAGUUAUAUGCUACGAAUUCAUGAUGGGAAAGAGACCAUACAUUGGCAAGAGCAGGAAGGAUAUCAGAGACAAUAUAUUCGCUAAACAAGUCAAGAUCAAGAAGAGCCAAAUUCCUGAUGGCUGGUCUAUCGAAUGUGCUGACUUUAUUAACAAACUCUUACAAAGAAAGCCAUGAAAUAGACUUGGUUAUAAUGGCCCAGAAGAAUUAAAGCAACAUAAAUGGUUAAGAUCAAUAGAGUGGCAGCUACUUAUUGAUAAAUAAGCUUCCUGCUCCGUUUGUACCAAAAACAGGAGUAGAUAAUUUUGACGAGAAGCAAGCAAAUUCUCCAGACAAAUGGCAGGAGGAGAACAAGGAACUUCUGGAUCAAAAUGAGGAGCUUUUACGUAGAAACUCCAUACAGAAUCUCUUCGGAGGAUAUGACUUUGACCUUGAUGAUAUCAGGAAAGAAGAAAUUAUUAAAAAGCGGAAAGAUAAAGCACAGGUCAAAGAUGAACCACUUGAUGAUAAAGAAUAA